CCACUCACACCGUGUUGUAUACUUUGGAUAUAUUGUAGCGGUCUACUAUCCUCAUCCGAAGACAACUCUACAACCGGAACACAGCAUCUUCCAGCAGAUGUAAUUCCAACAGUUAACGUUCUCGUGGAUUAUAUAAAUAAUUUGUAGCAGAGUAUUUAUACAUUAUAACCAAGGGCAGUAGAAUUUCUCAGAUAUCUGGGACAAGUGUUGAGUUAUUCCUAUUAUACGUAUUUGCAGUUGAUUCGAUAAACAAAGCUUCUGUUAUUAAUCUCUCCCUCCACCCUAUGACAUUAGAUUUUAAAGCUGUCAACUUAUCCCAUCAUCCUACUUUAUGGUUGUGUGUAAUUGCAUGUAGUGCUAUAGCUGAACUAUUCUCUAGAUUUCUUAUCUUCGGGUCAACUAAUGAAGAUUUUGCUGGGCGAAUAAGAGAGGCUUUAAAGCUUCCUGCCUUAUUAAGAAUUCUGCGAAAAGUUGCCGAGGUUCCUUCUCUUUAUUUAAAUAUAGUUUAUACUUUAUUUCUACCUAAAUCAUUGGUUUCAAUUGGUGAUUCAUGUGGAACAAAUAUUGCCGUUUGCUCGCAUUUCGCAUUGAUGUGUCAUUGGUUCAGGAAAUUCACAGGAACUCAGUGUGAACCGUGAAAUCAUAAUAAUGCUGUCAAUGUAGUUGAAGAUUGAA